AUCCGGAAGUAUAUGGUGCACACUCGAAUAGAUCUUCAUAGUUACCAGACGUCUUUUUAUUACGGUUGACGUUUUUGUAUUAAAGAUCAAAACAAUAGUGGUACUCGAAAGGUGUUUUUUAAAAUCGGGAGCUGGCUAAAAUGUCUGACUGUUCGUCAUUUCGUACGCAGCUUGCUUCCAUAAUGGAGGUUUUAGCGAAUACGGCAGUGGCAGAAAUCUGCCAACUUGUGGACGAUGGAUAUGCCGUGUUACAUUUGGAAAUGUCUCGAAGCUACAAAGAGAACGAAGCCCUAAAGAGGAAAUUAAAGAUGUUCGAGUUGAGCGCGUCUCGAAUGCGUGGAAAGAGGGCAGGACCGCAGCGUAGCAGUCCUGGUAUAGGUACACAGGAUCCCAGAGCGCUGCGAGGAAGAAUAGAGGAGGGUCGUGUCCCCGCUGUAGAGAGUGGCUUCGACGUGCAGAUGAACGUUACCAUGGGCAGAAAACGACAGCCCACACCUGAACGCGAGGAACGCGCUACAGUGGUCUUGAGCGACGAGAAGGAAUGCGCCGACGUGUUAAAUGUCAAAGAGGAGAGACUUGAAGACACGGGGACCAGCGAUGCAGUUGAAGAAGUGAAGAUCAGCGACGACAGAGCUGUGGAGUGGAGGGCAGGCAGCAGGGAAAAGCGUCCCGUUCAGGAAACGCAGAAUAAAGCAGCGAAUCACACAGAGGAGCUCACUGAGCAGCACAGGACCAGACGCGGUGUUUGGGAGGCUGCAGACCGGGAGCGACGAUCCCUUGCAUCACUUCAUGUAAAGGAGGAGAACGCAGAGGAAGUUCUGGGGAGCACAGAGUCUCGCAGAGAACGAGGGAACGGAGUGAAAAGCGGGAAUCCGAUCUGGCUGAGAGGAUUACAGGAGUCGGGCCCUGUGAAGUGUGCGAGAGUCCGAUGCCCUGUUUGGCAGGUUGGCAAAUCAGAAACUACCAACCAGAGGGCCCAGCGCAGAUAUCCAGAUGAGCAGGGCUCGGAGCCCGUCACCCAGGAGAGGCCUGGUCAGCGGCGGACCCUGCUUCCACGACUGACCCCUGACCCAGAGACCGAGGACCCGUCUUGCUCUUUCUCUGCAGAAAGGGACAUGGAGAUCCCGCUGGUUCACGCGGAGCCGCAGUCAGGUGCCGUCACGGUGGAAGGUGCUGCUGACACGCUUUCCGCUCUGUCUUCCCUUCAGUGGGACUCUGAGCUUGUGCAGGUGGACUUUGUGCCCGUCGGAGAGCAGGCGGGACCGUUUGCAGCUUGGAAUGAAGGAAGACUUCUUACCCAGCACAGACUUUACAGUGAGGUGCAGGACAAAGGUGAAGGGGAGCCAGAACGUGUCAGUAACCCUUGUCCUUCGUUUACCCAAAGGGUAGGGAGAGAGAACACGGCAGAGUCUGAAUACAUUGGCCCCAGCACAACCGGAUGUGCGCCAUUUAAACGUUUAACCGACUCCAAAUCCCACAGAAGAGUAAAACAAUCCUCUGAUCCUUCAUUCGAGGAGAGCCCUGAUCAUCUUAAAGACAACAAAUUCCAACAGGGAGCCCUUGCUGAAGAGAGACCGUUCAGCUGCGUGCAGUGCGGAAAGAGCUUCGCUAAGUUGCAUUAUCUGAAGGGCCAUCACAGGGUCCACACCGGAGAGAAACCCUUUGCCUGUGAGCGGUGUGAGAAGCGCUUUUCUUACCAUCACCAGCUGACUAUGCACCGGAGGAUCCACACCGGGGAGAAGCCCUUCGUCUGUGGACAGUGUGGAAAGCGCUUCACUCAGUCCAGUCACAUUAAAAGACACCAGGCGGUGCACACGGGAGAGAAGCGAUUCAGCUGCACGCUGUGCGGAAAGAGGUUCUCUCAGUCAUGCGGCCUCAAAUCGCACCAGGCUGUGCACACAAGACAGAGGCCGUUCAGCUGUUCACAGUGUGGGAAGACUUUCUCCAUUUUAGGCAAUCUUUUGAGGCACAAGAUGGUUCAUACUGGAAAGUAAAAAUUUCAGGCUUUCUUGAUUCAACCU